AUUGGUGAAUCUGACCCCUUGAUCCACCAUGUCUGAUACAGUACGGAGUACAGUAGACCAGUAGACUAGGUCGACUAGUACCUGUAGACUUCUGAUUCUCUCGGCCCGGACUUCCUCCUGCUACAAAACCAUCUCUUCCCGGUUCAUCCUACUCCUCAUUCUACCUGACACCUCCUCCCAUUCCUGUUCUCUAACCAGGGAGUAAUCAAAUCUUUGAUUUCCUUCUUGUGUUCGUGAGUGGAAAGAGUCCACUGCUAGUGCCUAUCGGUGCCCAUCUUCGAUAACGCCCGAUCUCGACCACACUAACUUGGUCCACCCGAUCUUCCAAAAAAUAGCUGGUAGUUGCACCGCGGUUCCCCCUUCCCCUCAUUCCAAUUCAGCCUGACGGGGGAUUGAGACCACCCGGGAGUACAGUAUCAGGACUCCCAUUGUGCUACACGGGACUCACGAGAUUAUGCGUUGACCGAUCCCCCGCACCCCUUCGAUAUAUCUCCGAUCGGUCGAUCCUGGUGUGAAAGAGACGAGGCACGCACGGGAAGAGACAGAAAGGACAGGCGGAGGAAGGGGCGCUGUGGUUGAGAUAGAUCUGCCGAGAGAUCACGAGGAAACAUCAACGAGGUCAACAGUAACGCGCUACGACUGAAUCAUGCUGGCUUCCAAGCCUCAAUACUCCGCUCCCCUGGGCGUGUCCAACUCCCAGAACUCCGCGUCGGCCUACCAUGCGAAUUCACAACGCCCUGCGACGGCCACAAAAGUACAAGAUGGGGUGGGAUAUAGCAGCCCGACCAAGUCGGAAUUCUCCGAGGGACAGGACGAACUCUCGGCUGUUCGGGCUUGGGAUGAGAAGAAGGUGGUCGCGUGGCUGCAUAGCAUCAAGUGCGGCCAAUAUGAAUCAAUCUUCAGAGCCAAUAACUUUAAUGGAGACAACCUAAUCGAAUGCGACCAGAAGAUCCUGCAGGAAAUGGGUAUCAAGAAAGUGGGCGACCGAGUUCGCAUCUUCGUGGCCAUCAAGCAGCUGCGGAACAAGGCUAUGAUCAAUCCCAGGCAAAAGAAUAUGAAUACCCUCGCUGCGCUAGAAGCAGCCGCCUUAUCGUCUGAUCACUCGCGCCUCUCCUCGAUGCGCCUUCCAAAUAGACGUAUGUCCCAGCUGAUGGAGGAUGGCCAUGGCUAUUCGGGCAAGUCCCCUACGUCUCCCCCAUCAGGUGAUUGGCGCAAGGAUGGUUAUUUCAACCAUCCAUCCUCUGGUGGCUCGGGAUCCGGCCGCAACCCGAGUACUCCCAGUGAUGGCGGUCGGGGAAGCUCACACCCCCGCAAUCCCAGUAUAGACGGCCUUACCAUGGGUCCUCUUCCACCCAAUUCUCCCGUGAUUCGUGUCAUCUACACCGGUGGUCAGACCAAGGUUCUCGAUAUUCGGCACUGCAAGACUCCGGACGAGGUGAUUCUCUGCGUCCUCAAGAAACUGCAACUCCCGGAACACCAGUAUCGAAACUAUUGCUUCUAUGUCCUGGAUGGCCUAGACCCGGAUUUGUCAAACUGCAGGCGGUUGACGGAGACCGAGCUGAUGGAAAUUUGCGACGGCCAUAAUAAGUCUGAGCGUGGUCGCUUGAUCUUGCGAAAGAUUCAUGCUGGCGAGCCCGAUGUCGAUGAGCUGCGCCGUGCGUCCCAGCUCGCUUUCGAUGAAAGCCAGGUCACUCAUCAGAACGCUCUCAAUAAAUCCAAUCCACGACAGAAACACAAGAUCCAACAGCUUACCGGCGAGUCCUGGAAUGUCAUUAACACUAAACAGCCACUAUCCCCAGUGGGCUCUCGCCAUCGUCCAUCUGCUUCAAACGAUCAAGAUCAGCCAUCUCCUGACACUGAUCGCAACCAUGUGGCUACUAAGCUUCGAUCAUUCUUCGGACAGAGACCACCGAGUGAGAUGAUUAUCCAUGAGCUCCAGUCAUUCUUCCCCAGUCACGACAGGGAAGAUAUCGCGAAGACGAUGCGGAGAUCUCAGCGUCUCAGUCGUGCUGCUAGUCGCCUCAGUGUUGUUAGCAACUACAGUGUCGCGUCAAGUCUCAAGGAUGCCCCGCCUCUCCCCCCAUUGCCUCCCAUUCCUCCAAUGCCUAAUAUUGCCGAUACUUGGUUCCAACCGCAAGGUGGAGCCCAGGCUGCUCGUGCUUCACGGCCACUCUCUAUCUCCAAAUUCAACCUGCCCCAAGCCUCAUAUCGGGACUCGAUUGCCUCGAGCUCUCUCCAGCCUCUGCAGGAAGAGUCUCCCACCGAGCCAAACCGCAAGUCCUAUGUCUCCUUUGAUAGUGGCUCGGACGAACCAAACUUGUCUCGCCAGAGUAUGAUCGAUGAAAGCUCCAGUGUCAUUGCUACCGAUGGCGGUUCCUCCAAUGAUCGACUCAGCGUGCUCGUUGCUGAUGAUGGCGAAGAAGACGACGCAAAUCUGAUGAGCGACUUCCUGGCUGGCAACAACUUUGCUCCCAAGAAUUGGAUGAAGGGAUCUUUGAUUGGCGAGGGUUCCUUCGGCAGUGUCUUCCUGGCUCUUCACGCCAUUACUGGUGAGCUUAUGGCCGUGAAGCAGGUCGAGAUUCCAUCGGCUACCAAGGGUACGGAAUUCGAUCAGCGCAAGAACAACAUGGUCACUGCACUGAAGCACGAGAUUGAGCUUCUGCAAGGGAUGCACCACCCGAACAUUGUACAGUACCUUGGCACAUCAACUGACGAUCAGUAUCUGAACAUUUUCCUGGAGUACGUGCCCGGUGGCUCCAUCGCCACCAUGCUCAAGCAAUACAACACCUUCCAAGAACCGCUCGUCAAGAACUUUGUCCGACAAAUCCUGGCAGGUCUCUCAUACCUGCAUAGCCAAGACAUCAUCCACCGCGACAUCAAGGGUGCCAACAUCCUCGUCGACAACAAAGGUGGCGUCAAAAUCUCCGAUUUCGGUAUCUCCAAACGCGUUGAAGCAUCCACCGUCCUCGGCUCCCGCGCCAGCAGCGGAGGCGGUGGCCACCUGCACCGCCCAUCUCUUCAAGGCAGUGUCUACUGGAUGGCUCCCGAAGUCGUCCGACAAACCGCCCACACCAAAAAGGCCGAUAUUUGGAGUUUGGGCUGUUUGGUCGUGGAAAUGUUCAUUGGUGCCCAUCCCUUCCCGGACUGCAGUCAGUUGCAGGCUAUCUUCGCUAUUGGGAGUAACCAGGCUCGCCCACCUGCACCGGAACACGUUAGCCCCGAAGCGGUGGAGUUCCUUGAUAUGACCUUCCAGCUUGAUUAUGAGAAGCGGCCUACUGCAGAUGAGCUGCUAAAGUGCAAGUUUUUGGCUGCGCCUAUUGCGUAGACUAGUGCACUUGAUGUGCGCUGUUGUGCUUUUUUUUAUUCACUUCUGGAGUCUAUAUAAUGAUUCUCUCAUGUAUUAUGUUGUCGGUUUUGGGGGUCGAGGGGGAGAGUGAUAGGACGAAUGUUUAGCCUGUCUGUGCUCACUUCUCCUUUUCGGUAAUGAUGCGACAGUUUUGAUUAUCAGCGCUUUUUUGCCAGAGUUAUGAUUCUCCAUAGAAACAAAUGAACGGGACUGAAACAUUCUACUGCAGAAAACAUUGUAAAGUGCUUUUUACCUCAAAAAGAUGUAGAGAUUCUUGAACUUGUUUUUAGACAAUAGAUUCGCUUGAAGUAGAAUGAUAAUAAAUGGAGAUAAUACACAUGUUUGGUGAAUCGCAGUGACCACUAUGCAGGUCACCUCUAAAGUUACAGGUUGUAUAGGAACACAACGCCCCAGGUGUGGUAUAAGAUGAGAAACCAAGCCAGCAUUCGAAGAACAAAAACAUCCUUCUAGUGCUUUACUGCACGAUCUUUCCGUAGAAGGGGAUACCCAUAGCGCUCAAGAGGAGGCGGGCAUCCUUGUCAGACUUGGCGGUGGUGUGGAGGGUGAUGUGGCAACCAGGGAUCAUCUUGGGAGGGUACCUGAUAGAGAAGAGACGUUAGAACCGAGAUCUAUGAUAAAAAUCAUGUCAAGGACAACUUACAUAUCAUAGUUGACCUCAAUCUCAGGGAACAAGGCAACGUGCUCCGGUUCCAGACCGAAAGUGAUAUUACCACUGCUAUCACCGCUACUCCCCUUAACACCAGGCCAGUCCUUGAUACGAGGCAGAACCACAUCAAUCAGCUUGCCUAGGAAGUGAUACAUGGUCUCGCCGUGCAUCUCAGCCUUGACAGCCACCGUGUCACGGCCAGGAGCAAUGCUCCACGUAGCAACGCUUGCCUUGGAUUUGAACGUCUCCACGCGCACGUUCGAGACCGCCUGCACCGCCAUACCAGCCACGUGCAGCCAUCCAGAGUUCUCCUGCGCCGCACCCUUCACAUAACUGUGAAUCGUGAUGCGCUCAAUCUCGGGGAUGUUGUUGAACCUGAUCGGCUUGCGGAGUAGGCGCAGGACGUCACCGCCACGGGGUCCGCGGAGGGGACGGUUCUUGUGGUAGGGAGAGCUUUCGUCCCACUCACGCAGACGGGGUGCUUUGGGUGGCGGCUUGAAGCCUGGCGGCGUGUGCACGUAGCACAGGGUAAGAAUGUCGGAUGCAACGGUCGAGUUGUAGGUCUGCUGAGCGCGCGGGAGGGAGAAGGGGCCAGGAACGAACAGGCGAGAGGAAGGGUCGGAGGGAGGAGGAGGUUGGUGAGGGUGAAGAGGGCCGCGAUCGUACUUGGGAGAACGGAAUUGGUAUCUAAAAUGGAGAUGUCAAUGUCAAUUGCUGGUUCUUUGCGGA